UAAAGAUUUUGAAUUUAGUUGGCGUAAAACAGACAACAGCUAUAGACGUGUUGUUGGCGGAAUUAAACGAAACGCGUUAUACGGUUUAAAUACUUGAAAUAUAAAGAAAAAAAUAAGCAGAGAAGCAAUAAAAAAUAUAAAUUAUCUUUAUCAUACAAAAAAAUUAAAAUCAUGUUUAGUUUAAACUUUUGGCGUUUAUUUUUAAAUAUUUCCUUAAUUGGUUUAACAUUUUUUAAUGGAUUAACUCAUGCAAAAGGCACUCACAAAGUUCAUUGUAGUGAAGAUUUAAUGCGCGUGGAAAUUGGCCUGCCAGAACCCAUAACCACAACAGACAGCAGCAGCACCAGCGGCAGUGGCACAAGUAGUGGCAGUGUCAGUAGUAAUAAUGAUAAACCACAAAUCUAUUUGGAAGGCCUUAAGGGCUAUCCAGAUGAACGGUGUCAUCCUGAAAUCAACGGUUCUUUGGCCGUUUUUCGUUUAUCGUUAAGUGAUUUCUAUGAGUGCGGUGUUACACGUAUGGUUAAUCAGUUAACGGGUAAAAAAGUUUAUUACCACAAAAUCAUUAUUGAGUCCACAAAUGGCAAAGAGAUUGUUAGUGUUAAAUGCAUUACCAGUGGUCCGGUUUUUAAUUUAAUGAUGAAUGAAACUAGCCAAGAGCAACCACGUUUUAUAUACCAACAACAGCAACAUGAUCAGUUGCAGCAGCAGUCUCAACAAUUGCAACAUCAUGGCAUUGUUAGACGUGAUGUUUUACCUGCUGGAUUUCAAGAACCAGAAGACAUAGAAAUUACCACCUCUUUAACCAAAAAGGCACCCGAGCCUCGUUUGGCCAUUGGUGUUAGUCAAAAUGGCAAACGUGUUACUGGUGAUCUGACUGUUACACCCGGCACUCCUCUAACCAUGGAAAUUACUUUGGAUCAGGAGUCAGCACCUAUAUAUGGUUUGGGUGUUAAUUAUUUGGAGGUUACCGAUACCAGACUGUUGUCGGAAACUAUUAUUUUUAAGGGCUGCACUGUUGAUCCUUAUCUUUUUGAAAAUUUCAAUACCAUUGAUGGUGAUACCUUGAGUGCUAAAUUUAAGGCUUUCAAAUUCCCCGAUUCUUCGUAUGUUCAAUUCCGCGCCACCGUUAAUGUUUGCCUGGAUAAAUGUCUGGGUACUCAGUGUUCAAAUGGUCAAAUUGGUUAUGGUCGCAGAAGACGUGAUACCUCCGAUGCCAUGAUGACUCCUUUGAUGGAUACAAAUAAAGUUUAUGAAAUUUCAUUGGCCAUGUUUAUUAAGAUUAAUGAUUUGGAGGGUGUUAAUAGAAAUGAAGUCUUGCGCCUUGAGGAAAAACUUCGCGAAUUGAAAUUAGCCAAUCAACGUUUGGCACGCAACAGUCGCGGAAACUUUGAGGAGCCUUUGGUGAAAACUUUCGAACAACUGCCUUUAUCGGUGCCAGCUUUUGUGGUCGAUGAGAAAGAAUUGGAAGAUGCCAGAAAUACGGUUAAUGCAAUAACUUCUACAGGAGCCGUGAUAUUGUCCAUAAUCUUAACAGUUUUAUGUAAAUUUUUGUAAAUAUAAAACAAAAUUAACAAAAAACAAAAAAAAACGAAAACUAAAAUAAAAAAAA